AUGAUUGGCAUCCAGCUGACAUUCAGUGGAGCUCUCCCCAGCGGCGCAGCACCUUCUCUAUGUGCUACUCGACACAACGUCAAGGCGGACGAGUACGACGAGGCGGAGAUCGACGACAUUCUCGCGCACAUCGCGCAGCUUUCCGGCACGGACUCGGGGAAAGACACCUUUGCCGCGCGCCGACGACAUGGGCCAACAAGCGCAGCCGCGAGCAACGUGACGACGCCGACGGUGCGAUUCGUCAAAUACGAGCUGGACAACUUCCACAACUCGACAGGUUACUAUCUCCGGCACGCGUACGCUGUCGUAUCGGCUUACCUCGCCGAGUUCCGGGAGGGCGAGGACGCAGCAACGACGGAGAAGAGGGAGGCGGCCACCGUCGAGGCACUGGUCGCGCUCGAUGCGGAGCAGGAGUCGACGCUAUUGAGUCAGGUCCAGCGGCGCGCGAGCAAGACGCAGGGUGUGGCCCUGCUGACCCUCUACGGACGCGGCCUCGCUCCCCCACCGUCAUUCUUCAACUCUCCGCCAUCCGCCUCCCUCACCCACGUUUCCGAAGCGAAGGAGGAAGCAAAGAAGUCCCUCAUCAGCAGCUUCAAACUCCGCGUCCGCCGGGGCAAGUCCCACGGACACCUGUCUCUCUGUUUCGGCGUGCUGUGUGCGCUUCUCGAGAUCUCCCCCGCGACUGCGCAUCACGUUUAUCUCUUCACGCAUCUCCGAAGCAUCCUCUCGGCCGGCGUGCGACUGAAUCUGAUCGGGCCAUACCUAUCCACUCAAGUUCUGAGCUGGGAUGGCCGACGCAUCAUCGACGACACGCACGACGUGCGGCGGCCAUGGGAUUGUGCCGCCCCAGUCGACCCCGUCGAUGCGGCUUUCUCAGCAGUCCAGAACCCCAUCUCCUCAGAGAAACAGGCAAACGGCGUGCCGAACGGAGAAGACAAAUUGGACGACGCUAAGCCAGCGCAAGCGGAGCUCGAUGGGGACAAGAAGCCGACCCAGGCGGAGCUUGCGGCUGCGGAGGAGAAGGAAGUGCAGAUGAAGGAGGAGGCGAAGAAGCAGCCCGAGGAUAUCUGGGCAUGGGCCAAGACAUGCGAGGCUGGGCCGUGCACGACGUGGCCCCUCAUCGAGAUCCUGACGAGCCGACACGACCUGCAGCACUCGCGCAUCUUCAAUAGCUAA